UGAAGCAACAACUCUUAUAUGUGUUCACCAUAUUAACGACUUAAGUCAAACUCUAUUUUCGAGUAAGAGUCAGACAUGAAAGGCAUGAACCGAACUCAAUUAGAAUUAGUUCUAUAAACUUUAAGAGUAUCCACAAUAGAAUUUUUGGGGUAAUUUUUUAUGAUGAGGAUUUUGGUAAAUUGGAACACUAUUAAUGCUCGAGUGAGGAGCACAAAAGCGCCCAGUCGCAUGUAUUACACGGCUCUAGGCGUGUUGACCACAGUCUUAAUUAUUUUUUCCAUCCGUCUUGCUUAUUUGACAUUGUCUAGUGACAUCUGGUGUUCCGGUUACUCCCACAUGGAUGAUGGGAGUAGGUUCGGGUCUAGUGGAGGCAACUAUUGACUCUUUGUGCUUCAUUACGUUGAGAAAGUAGCUAUGAACAGAUACUACAUUCUAAUAGAGUCAGUAGUACUCAAGAAAAAAAGAAAAAAAGUGUGUGUGAGAUCUGUCCGUAUUACCCUACCCUUUUAUCUUGCCACGCUAUAUAAUGAGUAACCACACAAUCAAGUGAAGCUACCUAUCCCAAUCGAAGAAUCCAGAACACCGGAAAAAAUGGCGACUUUCCCCGCCGGCAGCACGGUGAGCACCUCCUUUCCGUCAAGGAAGCCGCCGGCGCCGGCGAGCAGUCCGAGGGCCAUAUCGGGCUUCCGGCGGGCCCAUCUCGGCCUGAAGUCCGGCGGCGCCGCCGGAAGGAUGACCUGCACGGCGACGUACAAAGUAAAAUUAGUGACGCCGGAAGGGCACUUCGAGUUCGACUGCCCGGACGACGUUAACGUUCUGGACCGGGCGGAGGAUGAAAAAACCGUGACGGUUGAUCUCCCGUUCUCGUGCCGGUCCGGUUCGUGCUCCGCCUGCGCCGGCAAGGUGGUUUCCGGCUCCGUCGACCAGCCGGAAAGCAAUUUCCUCGACGACGAGCAGAUCGCGAAGGGGUUUAUCCUCACCUGCGUCGCGUACCCGACGUCCGACGUUGUCAUCGAGACUCACAGGGAGGAAGACAUUGUUUGAAUUAAGGUUUCUCUCUCUAAUCUCUCUCUCUCUCUCUCUCUCUGUGUCAUGCCAGAUCGCAUUAUCGGAGGAGAGAUAGUCGUCGAUCUGCAGCUUUUGUUUUGUUUUACUAUGUAAUAAUAAUUUCCUAUGUUUUUGUUUGGUGAUGACGACAACAAUGGAGUUUUAGGUUUUCUUUCCCGUUUCAAAUCUCUGUCUGCAGCCGUUAUUACACGUACACUUCCAUUUUGUCGUCUGAUCUAUUAGCUAGCUCCAUUUACAAUUCAAUAAGUUAAUUGUAUCCCAUUUGUCCUCAAUGUUGUUGCUGAGUUUUGCUCAUCCGAACUUUCUAUGGUUGAUCAA